CCUCCUAUUACGAGCAUCACAGCGAACUUCGUUGCCUUCCCUAUCCUUCAGAACCUGAGGAAAAAAAAGGAACAAAUAAACCGGUUACCCGAUUUUAGUAGAAAAAAGUACGGUAGAUAGGCUUUAGCUUUGCGAAUCGAGUUCCGGCCAGUAUGGGAGUGCCGAGCGACGACGCCGUUUUGAUCCAGAAGGGAAAGAAUCCGAGGGAGCCUCAUGUAAUUACCGUUAAUUGUCCAGAUAAGCAUGGCCUAGGUUGCGAUAUUUGCCACAUAAUCCUUGAUUUCGGUCUCUACAUCACCAAAGGAGAUGUUUCAACGGAUGGAAUUUGGUGCUUUUUGAUAUUUUGGGUGGUUCCUCAUUCGAGCUCACCUUUUAUAAGGUGGCCAAGAUUGAAGAUCCGGCUUCAAUCCUUAUGUCCUUCUUGUUCCGUGACAUUUUACUUGAAUGAUCAACCUUCGCACUCUGCGGCUUCUCCAGUUUACUUCUUGAAGUUCUUUUGCCUUGAUCGGAAAGGAUUGCUACACGAUGUCACACAGGUUCUCACUGAGCUUGAGCUUGCAAUUCAAAAGGUGAAAGUUACAACAACCCCAGAUGGCAGAGUCCUUGACCUCUUCUUUAUAACCGAUAACAUGGAGCUUUUACACACCAAAGAACGACAAAAUGACUUGUAUAAACAAUUAGAUGCUGUGUUGGGUGAAUCAUGUAUCAGUUGUGAACUCAAGUUGGCAGGACCAGAGUAUGAAUGCCAUCAUGCUAUCUCAUCUCUUUCUCCUGCUGUAGCAGAAGAGUUAUUUCGUUUUGAGCUAUCUGAUAAAGAGACUCGUUUGCAAGCUCUUAGUUCUGAUAUGACAAGAUUGAAGAAAGCUAAUGUGGUUGUAGACAAUUCAUUGAGCCCAGCUCAUACAUUGCUUCAAAUAAGUUGUGUUGAUCACAAAGGCCUUUUCUACGAUGUCUUGAGAACUUUGAAAGACUGCAAUAUCAAGAUAGCUUAUGGCCGGUUCUCACCAAAUUUCAAUGGGUAUCGUGAUUUAGACCUCUUUAUUCAGCAAAAGGAUGGAAAAAAGUUUGUGGACCCUGAGAUGCAAAAUGGAUUAUGCUCUCGCUUGAAGGUGGAAAUGCUUCACCCAUUGCGUGUUGUCAUUGCGAACCGGGGGCCAGAUACAGAACUUCUGGUUGCCAAUCCAGUUGAGUUAUCUGGGAAGGGAAGACCACGGGUUUUCUAUGAUGUUACACUAGCUCUGAAGGCUCUUGGAAUUUGCAUAUUCUCUGCUGAAAUCGGAAGAUAUUCGAGUUCAGAUCGUGAAUGGGAAGUCUACAGAUUUCUUUUGGAUGAGAAAUGUGGAUUCCAAUUAUCAAGUACGUCAGCUAGAAAUCAGAUUGUUGACAGAGUUAGAAGAAUGCUGAUGGGCUGGUGAGUGCGAUCAAUCUUCUUUGUACCUGGCUUAUUAUGAGACCCACCAUUAAUGAUCUCUGCCUGUGGCCCGACUCGCUUAGCCUCCCAUUCUGACUUAUAUUCUCAAACGAACCUUCAUUUAGUAACCUUUGUUGAGCAUGUGUUAGUUCAAAUGUGUGUGCUCUUUAUUUAUGGUAGAGAUGGAUAGAAUAUUGGGAAGAAUUUCUCUAAUCUAAUGUAGAGCAUACUCGUCCACUCUGUUCUUGGUUUACAAAAUUAACCCAUGGCCAUCGUUUAUUGUGUUUUUAUGGCACGCUUUAGUUUUCAACUGUAAAUUUGAAGGGAAACCGGAUUGUAUUUAACUUUAUGAGUUAAGCCUAUCAACCUUUGUAAUAUUAAACAUAAAACAUUGGAGUUUUGUAUCCCAUAAUGCAAUCCUCAAUGCAG